AUGCUGUUCGCCAUGGCACCCGAAGGCUGCUCAGAUCUACCAAAGACCUUGCCGCACCUUUCCGAUCCGAGCCCACGAAGAAUUCCGCACUAUUGGCACAUCGACCCAAAAGACAGGAACAAUCUCAAUCCUGUCUUUUUAUUCGCCGAUCUUCCUAAUCGAUUUCGCGACGCGGAGCGGAAUGCACCAAAACUAACUUUAGAGUCUCGGCGUUUGAUUUGCGACACUCUGUUUUCGACUCUCGGCUACUCUGAAGCAACAAACACUGGCAGCAGACGCACUCACGAGAGCCAUCGCUACCUCACCAAGGCAACACAACUGGGCCACUCGCCGAACCUGGCAUGCAAGCUUCCUGCGAGGUCAGUCAGCACCUAG